AUGGCCGAGGCCGUAGGGCUCGCCGCGAGUAUCAUCGCCAUCGUCGAACUCUCUGCUAAAGUUGGGAAACUCUGCGUCCAGUAUUCGACGGCUGCUGGGAAUGCUAGAGCCGACAUUACCCGGCUCCAAAUUCGGCUGAAAGACCUGAACGUGUGCCUCGAAGCGGCCCAGCGACUCCUUGACGAUCCCAAAAAUUCCAGCUUGGCGACAUCACGGUCGCUGAUUGAUUCUCUAAAUGGAUGCAGAACAGAACUGGCAGAAGUUCAGGAUAGGUUGGACCCUGGUAGUGCGCGAAAAGCCAUGCGUCGCUUCGGUCUUCGUGCACUGAAGUGGCCUUUCGACAGCAAGGAAAUAAGUACGGUUGUAUCGAAUCUUGAGCACUACAAGCAGACUAUUACGCUCUGUCUACAAGUUGAUCAGACGACAAUUUUGCUCGACAUGUCUCAAAAGUUCGACGGUAUGGCGCUGAAGCAGCAGGGCGAGAUGGGAAAAGAUCGUACGCCGUGCUUCAAUAUCCCCUUCGAUCGAGAUCACGAUUUUGUCCCACGUCCCGAUAUGACGGCAUGGCUUAGAGAGAAGUAUGGUAACCUCACUGGUCGCAUGGCUCUCGUAGGCAUGGGAGGCUUUGGUAAAUCGCAGGUUGCCAUUCACUUUGCGCAUUCCAUCCAUGAAGAGUCUCCUGGGAUUAAUAUCUUUUGGGUCCAUGCAAGUUCAAAAUCGAGGUUCGAAGAGGCCUACCGCGCCAUAGCAGAACGGGUGAAACUACCCAAGCGAGACGAGCCAAGCACAAACAUACUUGCUCUUGUUCGUGACUGGUUACAGGCGGAUGAUUCUGGUUCUUGGCUGAUGAUUCUCGACAAUGCCGACGAUAUUAACCUCUUCUACCCCAAAGGCACUGAUGAGCGACCGUUGGCAUCGUUCCUACCCAAGCGUCACAAUGGCACCAUCCUCGUCACAUCCCGCAGCCUCGACGUAGCCGAAAGGCUGGCGGGCAGUCGGAGGAACAUCUUUCAGGUGACUACUAUGGACGAGGCUCAAGGUCUACAUCUUAUCCAAAAUAAGCUCACAGGCCAAUUCGACGAACGAGCUGCUGUCAAACUUCUUCGGGCUUUGGAUUAUAUCCCUCUCGCAAUUACGCAAGCCGCAGCCUACAUCAACCGACGCUCGCCUCGGGAGUCGGUUGAAAGCUACUUGGAAGCAUUUAAAGAAAGUGAUCAGAAGAGAAACAGUCUCCUUGAGAUAGAUCUGGGAGAUCUUCGCAGAGACGAGACUGUUUCCAACUCCGUGAUUACGACCUGGCAAGUCACGUUCGAGAAGAUCCGGGGUGAAAAGCCUUCAGCGGCUAGACUUUUAUUGUUUAUGAGUUUUUUCAACCCCCACGGAAUUCCUGAGUUUGCACUGCAUAACUACAACGGGUACAUUGGGGAUUCGACAGAUAAGGCGGACGCCUUUGAGGAUGAUCUCGACGUGCUUCGCAGCUAUUCUCUUGUCUCCAUGACAGCCAAUCGAGACAUUUUUGAGCUACAUGCUACGGUGCAGACUUGCACUCGAGCCUGGAUGGCCUCCUCCGAUAUGGUAUCAAGGCUUAGGAGGUUGUUUCUGUUCACAAUGUGUGACAACUUCAAGUGCAAUGACUUUCAAGACUGGUCUACAUGUCAGAUACUGCUCCCCCAUCUAGAGUCAGUGACUCAAGAGAACCCACCAGAGGAGGAUUUAGAGCCUUGGGCUAACUUGUUGGAACAUUGUGCAAGAUAUAUGAUUGAUAGUGGCAAGUACAAAGCAGCAGAAGACAUAAGCAAGAUAGCAAUAGCCGCAAGUGCGACAAGUCUUGGAAAAGAACAUGAGACUAUUCAGGGGUGCCUAAGUGUCUUAGCUUCGGCCUAUAGGCGGCAACGGAAGUCGGACGAAGCGGAAACUGUGCUACUGCAGCUAGUCGACACCAGGAAGAGGCUGUUGGGAGAGGAGCACUCACAGACGCUCGUCUCAAUGAAUAACCUGGCCCUUACGUAUUUACACCAGGGUCGAAAUGAUGAAGCCGAAGAGCUUCUCGUUCGAAUACAAGAAGUCAGAAAGAGGGUGUUGGGGGAUAUGCAUCCGGAGACCCUAGCGACGGCAAAUAACUUGGUGCUUGCAUACGCACACCAACAUCGUUACGACAAGGCCGAAGAGAUAGGGAUCGAACUGGUGAAAGCGAAAAAGAUAGUGGUGGGCCCGGAACACCCAGAUACCCUACUAAGCAUUCACAACUUGGCUUGGUUAUCGUGGAGGCAGGGACGACUUGAGGAAGCUCUCGAGCUUCAGAAACAAGUCUUGGAUAAGAGGAUAAAGGUAUUGGGAAAAGACCACCCCGGGACCUUAGACACAUUGCAUCUCGGAUCUCAAAUAUUGAUGGAGAUGGGGGAAAACGCAAAUGCUCUGUCCCUGCUACGAUACUGCAUAGAUCGUUACCGGGAAGUCCUUGGCCCUGAGCAUCUAAACACAAUGGUUGUAGCGGAGGAACUUGAACAGCUGGAGAAGGAAAUGAGUGGCCUAUCAGGAGAGUAA